UAAUUUGUGAAUGUUCUUGUUAUCAGGCAUCAAUGGCGCCUCUCACAAGGUCAAUGAAGAAGAAAGCAGCAAACAGCAAGAGUCGCAUCAUGCAAUCUCUUCCGAAGGAGCUUUUGGUAGAAGUUCUUGCAAAGGUGGCUUCGAACUCUUUCAACGAUCUCUACUCGGCAAAGUUAAGCUGCAAGGACUUCAACAAAACGGCUGAAGAAGACUACAUAUUCCAGUGCGUUGACAUGAGCAAAUUCCCAUUGGAUUCUUGGAGGUUUGACGACAAAUUCUCCAAAUUUCUGAAACGCUGCAAAAAGUGCGGCAACGUGGAGGCCUUGUACCGACAAGGGCUUCGAGAUCUUUUCAGAGGCAAGAGGGUGCAACAAGGAAUCAUGUGUCUGAAGAAAGCAGCCUCGAAGGGUCAUGUAGAAGCGACGUAUGUUUACGGCACCAUCUUGGUGUGUUUCGGGGGAGAGGCGAAGCAGGAAGGCCUGGAGCUUCUGUAUUCUCUCAAUCAUUACAAACCGAAAGGAUUCAGCGUGAGAGAAUGCAGGGAGAGGGUUAAAGGACUUGUUUGGAACAUGUGGUCUGACAGGAAGGUGGUGGGUAAAAUUGUACAAGCCCGCCAUGAGAGUGCCGUUUCGAAAACAUGCAGCGACUGUGGAAAUAGACAGGAGGUUUUCACAGUCGAGCGAGGAUGGGAUCCUCUUGAUCAUGAAAAUUUCAGCAGCUGCAAUUCCUGUAGGUGGCAUCAAGAAGUAAAUAUUUUCUGUGAUAUAUUAAACGACAGUUGCACCCCUCUGUAUUGAAUGGAUUGAUGUGUAUGGAUAGGAUGCGUAAUCCACACCAGUUUCUCUGUUGCACGCUAAUGUUUUUGUAAGGGCAACAUUUGCCCACAUGGCAUUCUAAAUUAUUGGGGUGAUCUUGUAAACUUUAGAUAAUCAGUAAGCUCAUCUGCAAGCUAUUUAAUCAAUUUAAAACUCACCA